AUGUCGAUUGCAUUGGAAGACACACCGAAAGACAUUCUGAACAAAUACCCGGGGAUGUUGCAAAUCUCACAAACACAAUCGACACGGUACACCGCACUGAGGAAACUCCCCGACGCGUUUCUGAAGGUCGGAGCCGUUGCGGCAGCCGACAAACUGUCUGAAGCGAUCUUCCGGCUUUUGGUCAACCCCGACACGGAAAAGACGUUUGUCGAUGCGAUCAUACAAACACUCCCACACUUGAUUAAAGUACUUAUGACAAAUUCUGACGCAAAUUCAAACACGAAAAAUCGGUGCAUCCAAUGCUUCAUUCAACCGCUGUCAGAGUUUUUGGUUGGAGGAGAAAGUUCUGUGAUGGUGAAGACAUCGGCGGCAAGAGCACUGAUUGCGUCGUACCGGUUUUUGGACGACAACACGUUCAGGUUUUAUUUCAUUCCCGUUGUUCGUGGGUCGUUCACGGAACAGGAGUUCCAAGAAACGACGGUGGCGGAUGUUGUUGUAGGGAUCAUGCCGAGGCUAGUGAAAGAAGACUUUGUGUGGGUGUCGAAAGGGAUCACUACGUAUUACAUCAGUGAGAACUCGACGGUGAGAAGAGAGUCACUUAAAGUGAUUAGUGCGUUUGCGCAAAUGCUAAGCCCCGAGGAGAUGAAAAUGUUCUUGUUUGACACGGUGAGUAAAAUAACACAAGACGAUGUGUGGAUCAUUCGCAGAGACUACGUGAAGUCAUACAUUCGAGUUGUAUCGAAAUUUGGGUUGGAGGAGAAUUUGGUGCUGUACGAGAACUACUUGCACUUGUUAAAGGACAAACAUAAAUUGGUAGUUGCGAGUGCGGUGGAUGUCCUCCCCGUUCUCUUUAAAGACGCUGAAUUUGUGAAGUGCGUUGUACAGAAAAGGAACUUCAUGGAAGUGUAUAAAGAAGCUUCGGCGGAUGAGAGCAAUUUUGCAUCGGAAACCUUUGGAGCGUUCAUUAAAAUCAUUCCGAAGUUGUUAGAGAUAUUUCCCGACGACGAACAAUACAUGUUGGAGUUGUACGAGAAACAAUCGCUUUCUGUUGAAGAGGUUAUGCGGUCGAUAGUAGCGAUGGACUUUGGGGAGGUCUUAAAGCUUUCAAAAAACAAAGAGAUUUUGAUUCGUAUAUUCACGACACUUGCGUAUGACAUUUCGGAGGGAGUGAAGAGUCAAAUCAGAAGAUACAUUUGCGAUAUUUUGUUGUUGGACGAGCGCUUUGGAGAGUUGUUCAACAAACUCUUGAGUGAAGGGAAUUAUCGAACACGGUAUCAAAUUUCAAAACAAUUGCCAACGUUGGUGGGAACGGAGUAUUACCUAGACGCGCUUGAGAAAUUGGUGAUGUCGCCGAUGAUGGGGGUGAGAGUGGAGGCACUCAAAGAGUUGAGACAUUAUGUGCAAGACGAUGAGGAAAGAAAGGGAAAGAUGAUAGAAGUGUUUGUUAGGUACUUUAAAGGGAAUUGCCAACAACGGCAAUGUAUGUGCUAUGCACUAGAAGCUGCUGGGAAAGGGAGUCCAGUACUUGAGGAAAAGAUUAUCCCACAUUUACUUAUUAUGCUGAAUGACGAUGUUUCGAACGUCAGAAUAUCCGCACUCAUUUCACUCGGGAAACUUAGGCAUGGUGGACAAGACGUCAAAUUUGGGAUAUCAACACUUCUUAAAGAGGAGAAGGACUUGGACGUAAAAGAGGUGGCAAACAAAGUCUAUGAAUUGCUCUGUUGA